UUCGGCGCGAGCGGCAGCGGUGAGAGCGGGAGGGGAAACGGCUGAGGGGGAGCGCGGUGAGGGGAACCGGCCCGAGCGGCUGAGGGGGAACGCGGUUUCCCUGCCAUGAAUCCAAACCAUCCCUGACUCCCGAGGGCGGGAUGGCUGAGGAGGAAGCCAAGUACAGCAUCCUGCAGGAGGUGGGGCGGGGCAGCUACGGGGUGGUUUACGAGGCCGUGGCCAACCGCACCAAGCGGCGAGUGGCCGUCAAGAGGAUGCACUGCAACGCCCCCGGGAACGCCGAGCUGGCCCUGCAGGAAUUGCGGGCCCUGCAACCCAACUCUCUGUUUGCAGGAACUUACAUCUGCCAAGGCGAGGAGCUGAUCCCGCUGGGAGAGGCUCUGCUGGAAAAUCCCAACCUGAAGCUGCAGAUCCCUCUGAAGAACAAGAAAUCCAUGCCUGAGGAUCUCUGCCAACUCCUGCACCACAUGCUUUCCUCCAAUCCCAAGGAAAGGCUGGAUGCUUCCCAGCUGGAAGUGCAGAUCCAGCAGAUUUCCUACGGGAAAAAGCGGAAGCACUCCGGCUCCUAGAGCAGGAGAGGAUCGAGUCCCACCGGGAUCUGGAAGUGCCAAAUUCCUGUGGAAUUCCCAAAUCUGAAAAUCCACGGAAGCUCCCAGAUUUCUUACCCGGAACGGUUCCAUUUAAACGGACAAAACUUAAUUUAUUUGUACAGUAACUUGGAGAGAAAUCCCCUCAAAAAAAAAAAAAAAUCUCAUUUCAUCCCAGCUUUUGGUGGUUUUAUCUUUCUGUUCUUUAUCUGUGGAGACAAAUCUCGAGGAAUUUCUCAAUUCCAUUUUUCAACCAUCUUUUUGUCCCUGCUCUUCCUGUGUACGUUAAAAAAAAAUGAGGAGGAACCACCUGGAAAUGGAAUUUCCAGCCCUGGAUUCUCCCUUGGCAAAGCUUUUGGCUUGGGGGAUGUUUAAUUGGAGAUUUUUGGUGUUUAUUGGGGCUUUUUUGGUGUUUCAUUGGAGUU